GUCAACAUCCCUGCACCGCCACUUUGCGAGGCAGACUCAGCCCCUGUCGCCACUUCGGCCAACCACGUCAUGCCGCUCGCAAGUGGCUACGAUUCAAGGCCUGAGCGAGGGGGCACAAAUACGGCGAGUGCCUACGUUGGGUUGAAUGGUAAACUCACAAUUCUAUUAAUUCAAUCCUACCUGAGUCUUUCGCUUAAGUGUCUUGACGAAUUCUCUUCUCUAUUCGACGACCCACGCCCAACGAAACAAGAAGAUCACCAGUACCGGCAAGCAAUCAACCACAAGCACGGAGACGGAGACCAUGUCUCUGCCCUCCCACGAGACGAAGCCGCUCUGGCUCAUCCAGCCCCGUCUUGACGCUGGCGAAUAUCGCGACAAGCUCAUCGGAAGUGUCGUCAAGUACCCCGACCUGCCCACAGAGAAGCGCAUCCCCUACCGAUCCAACAAGCUCCCCCGCGAGCUUGUCAGUGACUUGGACCCGAAGCCCGUACAGGUUCACAACGUCAAGUUCUGGCAGCGCCGCAUCAAGGAUGCCAAGGUGUCGGCUUCCAUCAACGAGAUCCUCGAGGGUUUCGUCGAGCGUGCAAAGGAAGACAGCAGCGAGAAGGUCGCCACCGUCGCCCGCCUCUGGCACAUGGAUUCGCCCGGCGAGAAGUUCGCGGAGCUUCUCAAGAACAAGCAGUACUUUGAGGAACUGUUUGAGCUGCUGCGCAGCAACCACGACCAGGGAUACUUCAUUACCGACGUGGUGACGCUCGUCAACCUUGAGGUUAAGGACGAAUCCGGGCGGACCAAGGGCGCGGGCGCCUCAGGUAAGAUCCCCGUGGACCCCAACACCGGCAUUCGCAUCGGCGGCGGCGGGCACGCGCAGGUGGUCCGUGAGGCAGGCUACUCGGCGACGUACGACGAGGAGACGAUUGUGUUCCUGGGAUACCGCCUGGUGCGUCUGGUGAAGGUGGAUAGCAAGCGGGCGAAGCUGGGGCGAGUGUUCCUGGGGCAGAAGCACGGGUUUGCUGUACGGGACGGCUUCGACUACUGGCCCCAGAUGGUGGAAAAGCCAGUCGAGGGCAACGCAGAGCGACUGUUCAUGGGCCCGCCGUCACCAGAAGAGCCGACCGAGAAGAGCGUUGAGGAACAGGAGUGGGAUGAGAUUGUGACGGAGCUUGGAUUCGAUCUGGAGGUUGUUGGAUGAAGGGGACUAUAUGAGGCGUGAUAUAAGGAUGACGAUACGUUUUGGACAUUGGUCAAGUGAGUGACUCAGAUGGCGUUACUGGGACUCGUAUGUUUGUUUUGGAUGGCGCGAGAUGGACGAGACGUCUGCUCGCUGGAUACGAUAUGAUUGGAUGAGAAUUGCGCAAGAUACCAUGAUUUGGGUGCCUUAGAGGGCAAGUGAAGUGUUGUAGCAUGGAGGAAUAACUGGGAAGAAGUUGAAGGGAUACACGACGGAGCGAAACUAUGGCUCAUAAGAUUGAAUACAUAGAAGUCCAAUGCUUGACGCAUCGUCAAGUAAGAGGUGGAAAUCAAUGCUUGACAAGAACUACAGGUUCCAUGCUUAUCUCUUGAAAACACCCAACUCGACAGUUUGAAGCUGUUCCUUGCAUAAUACAAC